UAAUUAGUUUUUUUUUAUUUAAGUUAGCAAAACUAGUAUAUUGUUUUGCUAGAGUUCUGUUUGAAUAUGCAGUGUGUUUUAAAGUUAUUCUGUUAGCGAUUUUCAUAGAUCGAGGCUUAUCUAUAAAUAAGCUUUUGGUGUAGGCCUAUCCCGUGAACAAAGAGUACAUGUAAAACUUCUCUAAAAUUUAGACCUGUCCAUGAUGGCUGAUACAGGGCAUGACUUUACGUUUGAUCUGAACCAUGUUUUACAACAUGUGAAGGUAGAAAUAACAGAGCCAAGUGAAGAAAUAGAAGUAACAGAACCAUGUGGAGAAAUAGAAGAAACAGAGCCAAGUGAAGAAAUAGACUUUCAAGUGAUCAAAAUUGAGAUGACAGAUGAAGAUGAAUCAGACUUGGAUACACAGCAAUCAGAAACUUCUAAUGUGAAUCUUGGACAUCAGGAAUGCCCCAUUACGCAAGAGAUACAAAUGACUAAUUUUACUGACUGUAAUAAUCCAUGGUCCUUAGCUGGGACAGCGAAGGCAGAUGACAGUCCUUUUCCUGUAGCUAUCUUUAUGGCUGGACACUCCCCUGUCUUCGGAGUGCCUGUGAGUGAGGUGCAGGUUAUUAAACAAGAGAAAGAAGUGGCAUCAGGAAAGAGCUUUUUUUGCAAUAGCUUACAAGAUAAGAUAGAAGAAAAACGACGGAAUGGACAUUUAUUUGGACAAAAUAUUAAAAGUUCCACUUAUUCUCCAGCUAAGAAAAAUCAUCAAUGUCAAAAAUGUCUAAAACAAUUUUCUAAACUUUCACAUUUAAAAAGACAUACUGGUGGUAAAAGAUGUCAACAAAGAUUUUCUAAAUCUUUCAUUUUGAGAAAUCGCAAGCCUAUUCGCAGCAGUGAAAAGCCAUUUCAGUGUGAAAUAUGUUCAAAAGGAUUUUCUCAAACUUCACAUUUAAAAACUCAUACUUACAUUCAUACUGGUGAAAAACCUUUUAAAUGCCAAAUAUGCCUUAAAGGAUUUUCUUCCUCAUCACAUUUAAAAAGACAUCAUUUGAUUCAUACCGGGGAAAAACCAUUCAAAUGUCAAAUAUGUCGAAAAGAAUUUUAUUCUUCUUCCCAUUUGAAAAGACACCAUUUGAUUCACACCAGAAAAGAAUUCAAAUGUCAAGUAUGUCUGAAGAUAUUCUCCACAUCCUUAAUUUUAAAACAUCAUCAAAGAAUUCAUGAUGUUAAAAAAACAUUUAAAUGUAAAAAAUGCAAUGAAGAAUUCUCUUCUGCUUCCCGUUUGAAAAGACACCAUUUGAUUCACGACAGAAAAAAAUUCAAAUGUCAAGUAUGUCAGAAGGAAUGCUCUACAGCUUUAGUUUUGAAACAUCAUCAACAAAUUCAUACCAGUCAAAAACCAUACAAAUGUCAAAUAUGUUUAAAAGGAUUUUCUAAGACUUCACAUUUGAAUAGGCAUCAGUUCAUUCAUACUGGUGAGAAACCUUUUAAAUGUCAAAUAUGUCUCAAAGGAUUUGCUUCAUCCUCACAUUUGAAAAGACACACCUCAAUUCAUGCCAAUAAAAAAAAAAUCAAUCGUCAAAUAUCUCUAAAAAAAAAUUCUAAAGAUUCAGUUUUGAAAAAUCUUCAGCCAACUCAUAUCAAUGAAAAACCAUUUAAAUGUGAAAUUUGUCAACAUAAAUUUUCUACAUCUGCAAAUUUGAAAUAUCACCAGCGAGUUCAUAAUAGUAAACGGUUUAAAUGUGAAAUUUGUUCAAAAGAAUUUUCUCAGAGUUCACAUUUGAAAACACACAGUUAUAUUCAUACUGGAGAUAAACCAUUUAAAUGUGAAACAUGUCUCAAAGGAUUUGCUUCUUCUUCACAUCUGAAAAGACACUGCUUGAUCCAUACUGGUGAAAAACCAUUUAAAUGUAAUAUAUGCCUUAAAGGAUUCGCUUCAACUUCACAUCUGAAAAGACACACUUUGAUUCAUAUGAGUGAAAAACUAUUCAAAUGUGAAAUAUGUCUAAAGAGUUUUUCAUCCAAUUACCAUUUGGCAAGACACAAUUUGAUUCAUACUAGUGAAACAUUAUUGUAAUGUCAAAUUUGUCUAAAAGUAUUUUCUGCAUCUUCAAUUAUGAAAAGCUAUCAGCAAUCAUUUAAAAUUCAAACAUGUUGCAUAGGAUUUUCUCAGCUAUUCAAUCACCAGUUUGUUUUAUAUAGGUCAAAAUAACAAUUCAAAUGUCUAAUCUGGCUAAAGGGAUGUUCAACUUCAUAUUUGAAGAUACACCUUUAGAUUAAUUCUUGUGAAAAUCACUUCAAAUGCUGAUUAUGUCAGAAUAGAUUUUCUUGAUCUUUACAUAUGAAAGCACCAUUAAAUUCUUGUAGCCUUUUUCUAUGCAAAAUAGGUUGAAAAUAAUUGUUUCAAUCUUUAGGUUAAAAAAAUAAGGAAACAUAUCAAACUUAGUUUGGUCCAAACUCUUUUUUUUUAUAAAUCUAUUCUGUAACACUUAGCUCACCCAUAUAUUUAUCUGUAAUUGGCUUUUGUAUGUGCACUACAUUGGCAUCUUCAGUUAAAUAAUUUAAAUUAAAAUGUGUAUUCUAUUAAUUCUUUUUAUAACCUCUAGAGAUAAUUUAUUUAUAAAGCUUUUUUAUUUUUUUUAAGUAUUUAACAAAGUGUAGUUGUUUACAAAGAAUUUUUAAUGCUUUAUGUUAUUCGGUACAUAAAUAUGACUUUUUUCUUGUCUUCCAUAAUUUCUUGGGGUUCCUAUAGUUAAUUAUGAAAAUGUCAAGAAGUCUGAAUGACAGUCCAACUCGCAUAUCGCAUGACCAGGCAGCCAUAUACAUAUAUAUAUAUAUAAAGAGUUGCAAACUGUUCUGAAUGGACUAUAGCACUCUGAACAUGCCAUAAGUAUGAAAGUAGUGUGAUAUAAUAGCUAAAAUUAUUUUUUUUAAAUAAAAAUGAAUUUUAAACAAUAAUUCUAUCAAAUACUUUGCAGUUUGACACCCCACCCCUUUUUAAAAAAAUGUAAUGAUUAUUAAUAAAAUAAUUAAAGCUAUAAUUUUCUUUUUUUUUUUUUUCAGUAUAUACAUAUAUAUUACUAUCUGAUAUUGUAUCUAUUUUAUUGCACAUAAAUUUAAAAGAUAAUGAAUUUUAAACAAUAAUUCUAUCAAAUACUUUGCAGUUUGACACCCCCACCCCUUUUUAAAAAAAUGUAAUGAUUAUUAAUAAAAUAAUUAAAGCCAUAAUUUUCUUUUCUUUUUUUUUCUUUUUUCAGUAUAUCCAUAUAUAUUACUAUCUGAUAUUGUAUCUAUUUUAUUGCACACAAAUUUAAAAGAUAACAUUUAAGUUUUCUGCUUCUUUUGUUGCUAGUAGUAAAAACCUCACAAGUCAUGAUGGCUAUGAAAUGUCCUUAAAGCUCUAGACCAGCGGUUCUCAACCUUUUAAACUUGGCGACCCCUUUUUACAAUCCACCACUCUGCCGCGACCCCCCCCCCCCCCACACACACACACAGAGCAAUAGAAGAGUAGAUAAUAACAAUCCACAUUUUCGAUGGUCUUAGGCGACCCCUGGCCAGUCGUCAAUCGACCCACAAGGGGGUCGUGACCCACAGGUUGAGAACCCCUGUUCUAGACUCUAUUACAUGAUGUACCGGUACACUUCAGAGCAGGGGUGAACUGGGUGUCAAAAUUGGCCCUGGCAUUACCAUACAACCUGGCCCACAAAUAGUGUAACAUAUAUUUGAUGAGAAUCCAGUUGUACCUGUCCUUAGAAUCAUUAUCUAAAGGUUGCUAAUGUAUUGAUUCAUCCGAAUAUAUUCACGCUGUUGUAUGCAUAUGUCUAUGUGAACUAUAUGCCUUAUCUUAUUUGUUAAUCACUUAGUAUGUAUACAGGUACAGGCUUUUUCAUUAUUUCAAACGUAAAGUCUUUUUAACAAAUCUUGUAUAAAAGACAAAUCUGGGGCAAAAUAUGAUGCUUGUUGAGGUUGUUGUCUUCUUGAUAUAUGUACCUGCGAGUACUGUUUAGCAGUAAAGCUAUGUAGGAAUUUUAAAUCUUGGUUUUAAAAUGUUUUUUUUUGUUUAAGAAAAAAUACAGUAUACAAUAUUAACAUUGAAAGCAAAAGGUGUUCUUUCUGAAGAACAGAGGAAUUUGCAGCUAUUUUGAGCAGUUAUAGUGAAAUCUUUUUCAUACAGUUCUUGAAAACUUAAUAUGACAGAUGAACACACAUUACAUAAUGCUAAAAAAAAAUGCUGACAUUUGACAUUGCUUACAAGGCUUUAAUAAAUAACACACUCAAAUUGUUCAAUUCUUUUAUGUUAAUUACCCUUAUAUUUAUGAGAAGUUAAUAUUCAUCUACUUUGUUUAAUUAUU